AUGGGCCGAGGUAGGGAGUGUCAGGCUCCUCGCCAGAUUUGUACAGGGGGAAAGGAACGUAAGGGCAGACCUCCUCAGCAGAAAAGAUCAGGUCCUUCCGACGGAGUGGACUCUUCAUCAAGAUGUUUGCCAGAGCCUGUGGAAACUGUGGGGCAGGCCCCAUCUAGACCUCUUCGCCACCUCAAGGAACACAAGACUAGACCUGUAUUGCUCUCCAAUAUCAGAUCCAAGGGCAAUAGGAGUGGAUGCCCUUCUGCUGGAUUGGAAGGUUCUGGACAUGUAUGCUUUUCCUCCCUUCAAGAUCCUGGGAGAGACUCUAAAGAAGUUCACCGCGUCAGGUUCGGCAAGAAUGACUCUGAUCGCUCCGUUCUGGCCUGCCCAAGACUGGUUCACAGAGGUACUGGAAUGGUUGGUGGACCUUCCAAGAUCCCUUCCACCAAGGAAGGAUUUACUCAGACAACCCCACUUCGACAGGUAUCACAAAAACCUCCCCGCUCUCAGUCUGACUGGCUUCAGACUGUCCAAAGUCUCGUCAGAGUGAAGGGAUUUUCGUCUAAGGCUGCAAAAGCUAUUGCAAGAGCAAGGAGAUCUUCCACCUUGCGAGUAUACCAGUUGAAGUGGGAUGUCUUUUGUUGUUGGUGUAGGAAUAAGAAAGUUUCCUCUUCCAGUACCUCUGUGACCCAAAUUGCCGACUUCAUCCUUUUCCUCAGGGAAGAAUGUGGACUAGCAGUCUCGACUAUAAAAGGAUACCGCAGUAUGCUAGCUGCAGUGUUCAGGCACAGAGGCCUGAACAUUUCCGAGAACAAAGACCUUCAUGAUCUGAUCAGGUCUUUCGAGACAACGAAGAAAGGGUCCUUGAGAACACCCAGUUGGAAUCUCGACGUGGUUCUUCAAUUUUUUAGUUCUUCUAGGUUUGAACCUCCUCAUUCAGCUUCCUUUAGGGACCUUACCAAGAAGUCCCUUUUUCUAAUGGCUUUGGCAUCCGCCAAGAGGAUGAGUGAACUGCAAGCCAUAGAAGGAAAGGUGGGCUUCAAAGAUCAGUCCGUGGUUUGUUCUUUCCUUCCCUCAUUCUUCACUAAGAAUGAGAAUCCUUCGAAUCCAUGGCCCAGAAGUUUUGAGGUUCAAAGUUUAUCUGCUCUCGUAGGGGAAGAGUCAGAGAGGGCUCUUUGCCCUGUAAGAAGCCUUCAGUAUUACCUCAGAAGGAAGGAACAACUUAAGGGCAAUACGGACGUCCUCUGGUGUUCUGUGAGGGACCCCAGUAGGCCCUUGUCUAAGAAUGUUGUGGCAUUCUUCUUGAGAAGCUUAGUCAAGGAAGCCCACGUAGACUGUGACGAGGACCAGUUCAAGCUCCUUAAGGUUAUGGCCCAUGAAGUGAGGGCCAUUGCCACUUCUCUAGCCUUCAGCAAGAACAUGUCAGUGCAAAACCUUAUGAAGGCGACAUUUUGGAGAUGUCACUCGGUCUUCGCAAGCCACUACUUGAGAGACAUAAGGAUCACGUAUGAUAAGUGCUUCGCCUUAGGACCCUACGUAUCUGCGGAUUUGGUGCUGGGGCAGGUAGCUGAGAUGUAUCCUUGUUAG